UAUUAUCUAAGGAUAUAUUAGUUCAACCUUUGAGUUUGGAAUUAUUCAAUCAGUUUUCAAACACACGUUCUUAAUAAAAGUACUCGUUUCAAGUUCAGCAUUCGUGGACCAUCUCUGGGAAAGUAAAUAAGAUAACUCAAAACAAUUCGUCUGCUGCGGAUUGAUAUGCGCGUGCAGAACAAUAUCAUUAAGGAGUGUUAGUAUAUUUAUAUUUCUAUCUCUAUAGAGACUGGAAAAUAAAAUAUUGGAAAAGUCUUCCGAAUAAAUGUAUCUAUCAAACUUACAUUUUUGACCAUAUGUUUUGACCAUUUUGAACUAUAUCUUUCAACGUCACGUUAUCCUGUAGGUGUUGUUCGGCUCAAAAGAUAACGUGAUCUCGUAUGAUCAAUUUCUAUCAACGAGUUGACCAUUGUGAUUGAUUAAUUGUUUUAUUUAGUGAAUAAUUCAGAGUCAAGAUAUUUCAAGAUGUUGGCUUAUCUACGAGAAACUAUUUUAGGAGGUGUUCUAAACAGUAUUCAAGAUGCCAACACGUUCAUUUUAGUAACUAUUGCUGUAAUAAUGUGCGCUUUUCUGCUUCAUCGAAAGAUAUGGAAUACUCAACCGAAAGUAGAGAAUCUUCCUCCACAGAUUCCGUCUUCAAUUCCCUUCCUUGGGGAAGCGAUCAAGUUUAAUCAAAGUCCAAUAGAUUAUCUAUUAGCAGCAUAUAAAAAGUAUGGUCCAGUCUUUACUUUUACUAUGGUUGGCAAAACUUUCACAUACCUAAUUGGUUCAGAGUCUGCUGCCCUUUUCUUCAAUAGCAAGAAUGAAGAUUUGAAUGCAGAAGAUGUUUAUAGUCGUUUAACUACUCCAGUAUUUGGUAAGGGUGUAGCCUAUGAUUGCCCAAAUUCUUUGUUUUUGGAACAGAAGAAAAUGUUAAAGUCUGGUCUAAACAUUGCCCAAUUCAAGGAACAUAUUCCCAAGAUAAUUGAGGAGACCAAUAGCUACUUUGAGCGUUGGGAGCGGCGAGGACAAGCCAAUCUGUUUAAAGCUUUCUCCGAACUAAUUAUCUUAACAGCUAGUCGAUGUCUUCAUGGUAAAGAGAUCAGAUCCCGAUUAGAUGAAAGUGUUGCGCAACUUUAUGCAGAUCUUGAUGGGGGAUUCACUCAUCUAGCUUGGUUGCUACCUGGUUGGCUUCCAUUACCAAGUUUUAGAAAACGGGACAGAGCACAUUUAGAGAUGAAGAAGAUCUUUCAUGAAGUCAUUGAAAAUCGACAAAAAAAUGGGAAUGCAGAAGAGGAUAUGUUACAGACUUUGAUCACAUCAACGUACAAAGAUGGCCGACCUCUAACAGAUGAUGAGAUUUCAGGCAUGUUGAUUGGCCUUCUUCUUGCUGGUCAACACACAUCUUCUACAACAAGUGCCUGGAUGGGGUUCUUCAUAUCUAAACAUCAAGAUAUUCAACAGCAAUUAUAUGAAGAGCAGAUGAAGAUAUGUGGAGGCGAUAUCGAUACCAUAACUUACCAGGAUUUGAAAGAUUGCCAGUUACUUGACAGAUGUUUGAAGGAAUCAUUGAGACUUCGACCUCCCAUUAUGACGAUGAUGAGAAUGUGUCGAAGCCCACAGAAAGUUGCUGGUUAUACCAUACCAGCUGGCCAUCAAAUAUGUGUUUCUCCUACAACAAAUCAGAGAUUAGAAGACACUUGGGAAGAUGCUACCACUUACAAUCCUGAUCGUUUUCUUGAUCCUGAUGUAGCUAACAGUGAAAAAUUUGCAUAUGUGCCUUUUGGAGCUGGACGUCAUCGAUGUAUUGGUGAAUCAUUUGCCUACGUCCAGAUUAAGACUCUUUGGUCUGUUAUGUUGCGAAAGUACAAGUUUGAAUUGGUGGAUAAUUAUUUCCCAGAAAUUGACUAUUCUACUAUGAUACAUACACCCAAAAAUCCUAUUAUAAAAUAUACUCUAAGAGAACAAUCUUGAAAACAUUACUGAUAUAUUUUAAACUUUAAAGAAAAAGAAUAGACCAAAUGAACUAUGUUUUGACCAAUAUUUUAACUGCCGUGUUCUGUACUAUGAUGUUUAGAGAGAAUGUGUUUGUUAACCUUGUAAUUUAUUAUUGUCUUUUCUUAGAUGUUUUUGUGGCUAGCUUUCUUGUUGAUAAUUCACAGCCACUUACUUAGUCCAUGGCUCAGCUGUCAUUUUAUAUCAGCUGCUGUGAUAAAAUGUUGUCUAUAUAUAUAUAACGACAGAUCAUUAACUUUAUAUGUAUAUAAAACUGUUAAAAUUUUAUGUUAUUCCAACUGCCAAAUCAUGUCAUAUUUGAAUUUGGAUCUCUUGAGAAUGAAGAUAAAUUUAACAUAUUAGUAUUAGUUACCGGUAUAGUUACAUGUAUUGUUAAUUGAGAAAUCAUUUCUAUUAGUAAACUGGCAGAUAUUCUUGAUCCUAGGCCAAAAAAACAUUGAUGUUGCUAAACUGAAGUUUUAUUGUAAGUUAGACUAGUAGUAUAUGUACACUGUAAAAUUGCAUUAAAAUUUUCCAUAUUUUCAGAUAUUGUAAUUAAGUUAUAAGGGUGGUUUUGCGUGUAGUGCGGUCCUCCUGCACUUACUAUUAGAGUAGAGUUUUAACCCUUAGUACUGCAGAAUGUUCUUGUUCUUAUUAUUUUAGCGUUUUCCGAGAUUCUAUCCAGAUUAUCGCCCUUAUUGUUAAAAUUGUUUGACGUUCUAACUCAUGACGUCAACUGGCAGACUAUCGCCAUUGAAGAGAUGACCACUGUCAAGAUUGCAAGAUUGGUCGCAUUAUUUCUGUUACGUCUUUUUUUGUAAAUUAUUUUUAUAUUUUUUUUUCAUUUUUAGUGAAACCUGCACCAUAACAGUCCCGGGACUGUACAGCGCAGUGGACGCUUACGACUAGCCCCCAGAUCCAUUCACUUUUUUUGAAUUCUGCGUUUGCUUGUGAUUUCUGCGUAUUAUGUCUUGUCUGUAUAUUUGUUUUUGUGUAGAAUAUGUGUGGUGCAGUCCCCCUGCACUUAUUAUUAUUAAAGUGUGAGUAUGAGACUACAAUAGGAAAUUCUGCAUUAAUAGUCUAAUUCUAAACAUGACCAUUUCAAAGAAAAAUCACCAAGAAUUUGCAAAAAAUAUCAUUUUAUUGAUAAACAUAUGUGCAAUGUAAUACUCAUUAGAAAUCAAAAAUGUAAAAUACAAAAAGAACAAAGGGGUAUCAAUAGUAAAAUAUAUAUAUAGAGAGAGAGAGAGGAGGGAGGGAGAGGGAGGUCCAUUCCACUCAAAACAAACUAGGUACUUUCAAGACCAACAUUUUGUACAAUUUUAUUUCUAUAAUACACUUGCGUAUAGGGGUCUUUAGCAAUGGGACAAAACCGGAGAAAACCUACAUGUGCAAAUUUGGCAUUGAAACCACAGCAUUUAAUUCAGUGAGAGACCUUAUGGUCUAAAGGGCACUCAGCCACCCACUUCCUCAUUGUUAAAUAAGACUGCUAAUGAUAUAGUUACUGGCUCAUAGUCACAUACAUGCCAUAGAUUUCAGUAUUAUCUCUUUAUCAGGUUUAUGAAUAUUUAGUUGUAGUUGUGUAUCCUUAUUGCAUUUUAUUGAAUAGAUUGACCCAGUCUGUUUUUUAAAAGAAAUCCUGUGCUUUAGAAUUAUUGCUACUUAGGUUCCAUUAAAUGACAGAAAUUAGA